AUGUACACAACCUUUAUCAGACCACAGUUAGAAUACGCUUCCUUGGUGUGGGGUGGAUGUAAUAUAGGUGACAGCGAAAAAUUAGAAAAAUUACAAUUAUGUGCUGCUAGAAUUGUCACAGGAUUAACUCUGUUAGCUUCUAAAGAUGCACUUUACAUUGAAACUGGAUGGGAACCAUUACAUGAAAGAAGGAAAAAGACCAGACUAACUACAAUGUAUAAAAUUGAUAAAAACCAAGUUCCUGAAUAUCUCACUGAUAUAAUCCCUAACUUACGAUGUAAUUCAUCAAGUUACAGUACGAGAAACUCGCAGAACUAUAACAUACCCAAAUGCAGAUUGCAAGCUUACAAAUCAACUUUCGUUCCCCUUGUUAUUGAAGAAUGGAACUCAUUACCUCUUAAU